GGGAUAUGCUGCUUACCAACCAACUGGAUAUGUUCAAAGUGGCCUCGGUUUUGAUCCAAACUAUGGUCGAUCAUAUGCAGCACCAGUUCAGAGAUAUGAUUUUCAAAGCAAUCAAAUUCCACCAAUAAAUCAAGUGUCAUUGCAAAGCGUUAGUUUUGCACCAACUGCUUCAUAUGCAGGCCAAGUAACCACCGGCCCAUCACCAAUGCUUUUAGGAGGACAGAAUGACUUGAACAAGUCACGUAUGUCUUCCUCGAUAUCGGGAAACGAAAUGCCUGGGUAUCCGCGAGUGAGCAGCGUUGUUCCGCAGCACUCACUCAAUUGUAACGGGUACUCAGGCGAAUUCAGCGGAGCUCAACAAAAUGCAGGUCAACAACAAUCACAACAAAAUCAGAAUACUUCACAACAGCAACAGCAACAACAACAACAACAACAACACCAACAGCAAUCACAAUCAAUUCAGCAUGGCAUGCAUUGGAAAACAGAUACAAAUGGGGUGCAUUGGAAAGCGCAGACGAACGGGACGCGACAGCCUAUAUCAGACGGUUUGGGCUCAUGGAAAUCACAAACUAAUGGAGUGCCAUCUGCACAGCAGCAACAACAAAUGCCCGGACUUGAUGCCAAUAACAAGACCGGUCAUUUUUUAUCGUAUAGCCACCAUCUCCGAGACUUAAAUACAGACGGUAGCUUGACCAGCAAUAGCAAUACCGAUAUGUGUUUAUCGUCGGUUCAACCAAAUUUAAAUGUUGAACCAACAAACGGAGGUGGUGGCGUUUUACCGCAUUGGAAGUCAGAAGCAAAACCGCCGGACGACUUUCAAUCUCCACAACAGCAACAAGGUUCCGACAUCAAUAGUAAAAAUAAAUCAUCACCCAAAUUAGAUUCCGAAAAACCAGUAAAAAAACCAGCACCGAAAAGACAAAGAAAAAAACCAAAUGCGUCAACACAAUCGCAGCCACCGACAAAGCAAACAAUAGAUGAAAAGAAAUCUUCCAGUUUCAUGCCAAAUUUCAAUAAAGGCAAUGAUUUAUAUCCACCAAAUGCAUACGGAGCAAAUACAAAAUAUGAGAAUAGUUCACCAUCAUAUAUGCCAGGUGUGCAUACCGCUCCUGAUCCACUAAAUCCAUAUCAACCACCCGAUGGAUUCGAUGCAAUUACCGCUGCCAAACCACCGAGCGCCAAUAAUUUCUUAUACGGAAGCUUGGGAUCGAAGCCAUUAAAACAAGAACCAUUAUCGUCAAUACCGCCACCGAGACAGCCAUAUCCGGUGCCAGGGUCUGCGACAAAUUAUCCAUCGGCUCAAGUUAAAAUGGAGGGAUACGAACGAAAUUAUCAAAAUUUCAUCAAUUAUGCUGACUAUUGUCAAAGUCAAAAUAAUUCCGGUUCGAGUACAGUGUCAGCAAGUGGUGCUCAUCAAACCGAAUAUGGUCAAAACUAUGGAAAUUAUCCACCAUAUUCGAGCUCUGCAUAUCAUCCACAUCCACAUCAUCAAGCCUAUCCAAAUAGUCCAUACAAUUCAACAGGGGUGCCAAAUUUUAGUUCAAUACCAUCUGCGGAAACAAAUUGCAAUAACAAUCAGCAAUCGAUGUCAACAACGGAAACACAAGACAUCAAACCAUAUAUGCGUGAUACGGACAAGGAGACGGAUACAAAAAAUUCCGAUCUCACCAAAUUAACCAAUUAUGAGAAGGAUAUACCAAUACAUACUUAUCCAAAUCAUGGUCGUUUCACGGAUAGCACAAAUAGCGGUCAUCAUACCGCAGAUGGUAUAAAAAAUCAUAAAAUUGAUGACGUAAGUAAGAGUUCGAACGAACGAUUUUCAUUUUAUGAAGAAAAUGGCAUCAAUGCCAAUCAAGAGCAUCAGCCAAUGCAACAACAACAACCACAACCACAACCAUUUAACGGCAUUUCGUAUUAUCCACAAAAACAGGGUUCAACACUCAAUAAAGAUCAUUUGAAUAACGAUAAAUUGUCAACAGAUGAUAUGGAUUUAGAUAAAUCGUACACAAGCGCCGAUUUGAAUCAACUUCCAAUUGAUCGAACGGAAAAAGGAAUGAAACCGGAAGUGCCUGAUUGCGAUUGCUUUGCACCCGAAGAAAAAUCACCACCGGAACCGGGUAGCUAUUAUACACAUCUCGGAUCGGCAUCAACAUUAGCCGAACUUCGAACCAAUAUGGAAAAUCGCAUCGGCAUACGUGGCCGACAACUUCGCAUUGAAAAGGUCAUUUAUUCGGGUAAAGAAGGUAAAACAUCGCAAGGUUGCCCAUUGGCCAAAUGGAUUAUUCGUCGCGUUGAUAGCGAAGAGAAAAUUUUGUGCAUCGUAAAACGUCGUCAAGGUCACAAAUGUAAUGCAACGUUCAUUGUUGUAUGCAUUGUUGCUUGGGAAGGUGUGCCGAAGCAUGAAGCAGACAAUUCUUACCGAUUGCUUAUACACAAGUUAAAUAAAUUUGGUUUGCCAACGACUCGUCGAUGUGCAACCAACGAAAACCGAACAUGCGCAUGUCAAGGCUUGGAUCCAGAAACAAGCGGUGCAUCAUUUUCGUUUGGAUGCUCAUGGUCAAUGUAUUAUAAUGGAUGCAAAUAUGCUCGUUCAAAGACUGUCCGCAAAUUCCGUUUAUCGGUUAAAAGCGAAGAGCCCGAAAUAGAAGAGCAUAUGAAUGUAUUGGCUACCAUGUUAAGUCCACUGUACAAAACGCUCGCACCAAAAGCAUACGAAAAUCAGUGUAAAUAUGAAAGCGAAGCACCUGACUGUCGAUUGGGAUUGAAAGCAGGCAAACCAUUUUCAGGUGUUACGACAUGUAUGGAUUUUUGUGCUCAUGCACAUCGUGAUUUGCACAAUAUGCAGGAUGGUUGUACCGUUCAAGUUGGCUUAUUAAAACCAAAGUCACCUGGAAUGCCAUCAGACGAUGAACAAUUGCAUAUCUUACCGUUAUACGUAAUGGACACAACUGAUGAAUUCGAUAGUGGCGAUGCGCAAAAAGAAAAACACAAAAAUGGCGCUGUUCAAGUGCUCGAGAAGUUUCCAUGUGAAGUUCGCGUACGUGCAACUCCACUUUUACCAUGUCGUCGUCAUGGUAAAAAGCGAAACGGCAAAGAUAUGCCAGAUGACGAAGAGACGGGAACGCCCACUGAAGAGACUGCACCACUAACUCCCGCAGCAACUCCUGCCCCACCAACUCCAACAACUGUCAAAAAGGAGGGUGGCAAGAAAGGCAGCAAGAGUCAGUCUAAGCAGCAGCAGGCGCAAAGUCCAAGUCAUCCAUUAUCUCGAGCCGAAACACCAAGUACAGCUAAUGCCAUUAGCAAUCUUAACAUUGGUAGCAACAGUAGCAAUACUAGUGGCAGCCCAUCAAAUCAUAGCGCAUUCUCUGCACCAAACCAAACUACCAUGAUGAAUUCAAAUUCAAACCUUAUCAAUAUGGCAUCGAUGAUUGACAACUUUACCGAUGCACAAUUGCAGUCCAAUCAGAUAUCAAGCACCGUAUUAGACUCUCCAUAUUCUUAUGAUUAUGCAACUGGUUCAUACAUUGACAAACGAAAUUAUUAUAAUCAACAGUGGAUUCCACCGCAUGCCAUGGAAACGUACGGCUAUCCGCCAGCUGACCGAAAUGAACAAGUGAAAAGUCGCGGCAGCGAAGAAAAUCCAGACUCAACAACAAUCAUUAACGCCAAUAAUAGUGGCUCUGCAUUUAGUCCAAGCGUUGUAGAUGUUACAAAAAUGCAAAGACAACAACCACAAGACUAUCCAACCUAUGGUUAUCAUCAUCAUACGACACAGCCGGCAUAUCCAAUGUAUCCGACAUACUCAACGCCAUCGUACAAUCAAACUCAUCACUAUAAUAAUUUAGAUUAUUAUAAUAAUGAUAAACUGCGUUAUAAUUUUUAUACGCCACAUCAUCCGCAUCAUCAGCCAUACAAUCCAUAUGAUAUUUAUCAUCAUGCAUCAGUUGGUCAAAUACCUCAAACACAAACACCACCACCAAAUUGGAAUCUAUUUUCGCCGGCCGCACCAUCGGCUGUGCCCGUAGCAACGCCGCAUAUUACAACGCCCCCGCUAUCCAAUUCACAGUCAAACAAUUCGACUGAGCCAACGUUAACUAAUUUAUCUGGUUUGUCGGAACAUAUGUCACCAACGGCCGUUUCAACACCACAACCAACCAUUGAAAAACCAACCGAAGAUCCAAUACCACAAAAACCGGAGCCUAUCGGUGAAAUAACCGAAAUAAAUGAUAAUCUUGAUUGUUUUCAAGAUACACAAUUGGGUGGUAUUGGUAUUGCACUCGAACAUGGUAGCGUUUUAAUUGAAUGUGCCAAACAUGAAAUGCAUGCAACAUCAUCGCUUAAAAGGCCAAAUCGUAAGAAUCCAACACGAAUCACAUUGAUUUUUUAUCAACACAGAAAUCUCAAUCGACAUCGUCACGGUAUCGAAGAAUGGGAGGAAAAAAUGCGUUUAAAACGAUUGGGCAUCACAUUACCACCAGUUGAUGAGCAAAAAAUUGAGGCACCAGCCACAAAGGGCAGCAAUAAAAGUGGCAAAUCUAAACCAAAACCGCGAAAAUCACGUUCCAAAUCCGAUUCGAAAAAGGAAAAAAUCGAAAAAACACCGGAAAUAGCCGCAGUGAUAAAGGAAGAAAGCAAUAAAUUUUCAUAGGCAACAAGUGAAACGGGGCCAACGGAUGAUGAUAAUGAUCUAGUUUUAUGGUGAUCGUUUGAAAUUGCACAAUCAAUUGUAACAUAAUGGUAAUGUGAUAAAAUCGAUUGAUCGACACACGUACCAGCCUAGAUGACGAUUCACAUGAGACGAUUGCAGACGGUUGACAUAUUCCGUUUUCUUUCAAUUUAUUUUUGGUCUAUUGCAAAAGCGAAACACACACACUCACUCACUCACAACACACAUACACAAAGUAUUACAUUUAAAGACAUUAUGUAGAUGCUCAACAAUAUCUCAUUCGAUUGUUAACAAAAUACACCGAAUUGCAUUUCGCUGUGUAUAUAUAAAUAUAAUUUAUAAAUUAUUUUAUGCGCAUUUAUUAAUUAUUAUUAUUGAAUUCACUUUAAUCUAAUUAAAUUUAGCGAGAUUGUAUGGUAUUUCCAACAUGAAUAUUCAAAUACACACAAAAUGACACGAAAGAAAAACAACAACCAAUCACCCAAAAGACAAAAAAAAAAAAAAUAAUAAGAAAUAUACAAAAAUACAACCGAUUUGAUAUUAGCUCUAGCACCAAUGACAUAAAAUAAUAAUUAAAACAAAAUAAAAUACAUACACACAAUACGAGCGAUGGCACAUUGAUGAGCCAACCACUAAAAGACACAACAAUAUUUAUCAAAGCCGAAAGUACAAAUUUCAUGUUAACAAAAUACUUACGAGACUACCACCCAAACCAACAACUGAAGAGAUUAAGGCAAGAAAAUACAGAAAACCAAAAUCUAGCAUUCAUUUUUUCAUGUCAAUUUUUUUCCGCAUUUUUUUUAAUUAAAUUGAAAGUAAAACGUUUUUAUUUAAAAAAGAAAAACAACAACGUAAGGGUGAUUGUCUGAAUUUAAAUUCUGGAAAUCAAAUGAAUUGAACUUAUCUUGCCAUCAUAUUUUUUUUUCUUCUAGAAUGAAACGAGAAUCGUUUUAGAGAGAUCUUUUACUUUUCAUUUUCAAGUUAAAUAAUUUUAAGAGCUGUAACCAGAAACCGAUUAUCAGACGAAAUUGACGAGGAUAAAUUUGCAGUUAGAUGAAAUGAGAAAAAAUCAUGCAUUAUUAAUCAUAAAAUUAAUCACGUAAAAAUAACGAAUAAACGUAAUUGUAUAACUUUGUCAGCUUCAAGUAUAGGUUUGAGCCAACCACAGAAAAAAAAAUUGUCAAAGUGGAUCGCUAUUAGUUCAUAAAUGAAAUCAGCCAAUAUAAUGAUCGUACACGAGAGGCGCUUUUAUCGCUUUGGAUUCAAUUUCUUUUUUUUAUUUAAUUUAAUUACAUAGAAAAUGACAGUGGUGCGGUCUUUGUCAUCUCUGUGCUGUGAACGCUUACAUCUCUUUUCAAUUUUAAUUUUUUUCUUGUCUUUUCAAUUGUGUUUUCCAUUUCGUUUUCUUUUGAUUUGAAUAAAUUUAGAUUUUCUUUAUUCAAACAGAGAAAAAAAAACAUUAAAAAUAUUCCAAAACGAGAACAUGUUAUUUUUGCAUAUGACUUUGGCAAUGUAGCGUUUAUUCAUAAACAUUUCUCAUUCAUACAUAUACAGAUGUAAUUGAAAAGACAUAGUUUUAUUUAAACAAAAUUAAAAGAAAAGAAAAAAUUACCUAAACAAAAAACAUAAUUAUUUGAGUGAUGUUGUAAUUCAUUUUUUUACAUGUAAGAGCAAUUGCCAUUUUAGAACUUCAUCAAUUUUUUUUUUUUGCUAAGUAUAUCUUAUCUUAUUACGUCAAUAAGAACCUAUUGAGAAUCAAUCGAGUAAUUCAACUGAACAUUUGUAAUAAAAUUUUAAAUAAAAAUAAUUUUGAAAAAAGA